AUGACCACACUUUCCUGCACUCUCUGUCAAAGUCUCUCCUUCUACGGUGCUAUCUCUGUUUCUCAAUCAUCCCUCAGUGCUUUGCUCAUUGUCAUCCAAAUGAGCAAUUCAUUUAGAUAAAUCGUGUUUUUCUGGAUGAUUCGCCAUAGUCCAGACAAAGAUGAAGUCAAUUACGGCAUGACAAUAUGUACAUGAUAUCGGUGUUCAACUUAAUUACUUUUUAUUCCCAAAUAUCCGAUAAAACAGAUAAGUUAAUAUUGGGAAAUUCCAGAUAUUUUUAUCUCACAGAAUUCUGUUCACAUAGGUGGAGUUUGACAUGUGAGCAAACGAACGAUAAUAGCAAAGCGGUGUUGAGUCGUGAAAACUCACCGUCUUCAGACCCAUGCCUUCCACUCUCUUUUUCUCCUUCCAAAUUCGCUCUUAUCCUCCAAUUUCAUCAGCCUUAAACCCGAACCAAACCUCUCCCAGAACCUUCGAACUCAGAAACCCAAAUGUCUCCCUCUCACAACCCAAGGUUCCAGUUAAAGAUCCCACGCCUCCAUGGAUAGUUUCCUCUCCCCUUCACCAAUCGCAUCAAACAAUCGGUCCUUCACCACCCAAAACGAACAAGAAUGUUGAAAAAGUUGACAGGGCUUUAACUGGUAAAGUGAGCGGUGUUAGAGGCAACAAAGCCAUGAAAAAUAUUAUAAGGAAUGUUGAAAACCUUCAAAAAGAGCAAGUUUUGAAUGAUGCCCAGAAAGAUUUUGGUAGGUUUGAGUUCAGGGGACGUUUGGAAAAGGUUGAUAAUGGGGAGGAGGUGACAGAUUUUGGCGGGAAAAUGCCUUGGUUGAAGGACGAUAAGUUUGUGUUGAGGAGGAUGAAGAAAGUGAGGGUGAUGACUAAAGCGGAUAUGUGUCUUCACAAAGAUUUGCUUGAGAGAUUGAGAAUUGAGGCCAAGAAGAUGAGGAAGUGGGUGAAAGUGAAGAAAGCUGGAGUGACUGAGAGUGUUGUUAAUGAUAUUAGGUUGGGUUGGAGAAACAGUGAGCUUGUUAAAGUGAGGUUUGAUUUUCCUUUGUGUCGAAAUAUGGACAGAGCAAGAGAAAUUGUUGAGUUGAAGACUGGAGGUUUGGUUAUUUGGACUUGGAAAGAUUUCCUUGUUAUUUACAGAGGAGAGGAUUAUGAGUUGACUUCAAGAUCUUCUCUGAAGAUGUAUCAAUGCUUUGCUGGUGGUCAAGAAAGACCUUCAUCAAAACUAAGCUGCUUGAAUUUAGAAAAUAAGGUUAAUAUUUCCCGUUUGAUUUCUAACACAAUUGCUGUGGAUGGAAAUGUGUGUGGAAAAGGUGGAGAAGAGGACUAUACGCUGACUAGCAUUUUUAUGGAAGAAAAUUCUAGAUGUCAAUCAAUAGAUAGGUCACUAUAUGAGAGGGAAGGUGAUAGAUUAUUGGAUGGCUUAGGUCCUCGCUUUAUUGACUGGUGGAUGUGGAAGCCACUGCCAGUAGAUGCAGACUUGCUUCCGGAAGUGGUUCCUGGAUUCAGGCCUCCAUUUAGACUUUGUCCACCAGCCGGUAGAUCAAAACUGACAGAUGAUGAAUUGACAUACUUGAGGAAGCUAGCUCACCCUUUACCAACUCAUUUUGUCCUUGGGAGGAACAGAAGACUUCAAGGCUUAGCUGCUGCUAUCUUAAAAUUGUGGGAGAAAAGCCAAAUAGCAAAAAUUGCAGUGAAGUGGGGAAUUCCAAACACUGACAAUGAGCAAAUGGCUGAUGAGCUUAAGUGUCUCACUGGAGGAGUUCUGUUGCUGCGUAAUAAAUUCUAUAUAAUACUUUAUAGGGGCAAGGACUUUCUUCCAAGUAAUGUUGCAAAUUUGAUAGUCGAGAGAGAAGUGGAGCUCAAAAGAUGCCAGCUUCAUGAAGAAGGUGCACGUCUUAAAGCAAUCAAAACUUUCUGUGUGCCAGAUGAACCACUGGGAAGGUCUAGCAAAACAGGAACUUUAUCAGAAUUCCAUGAUAUUCACACUGAAUUUGGAAAUCUGGAAAAGCGUAAUGGAGAGUCUGAAUUUCAAUUUGAAGCGGAAAAAGUAAAAUUAGAGGGGGAACUGAAAAAACAAGAACACAAGCUUUACAUUCUUAACAUCAAGAUACAACGGUCAGCAAAAGCGUUAUCAAAGUUGAAUUCUUUGUGGAAACCCAAUGAGCAGGAUCCAGACCAAGAAUUGAUUACAGAGGAGGAGAGAGAAUGUCUUCGUAAGAUGGGACUAAAGAUGAAUGGUAGCUUGGUGCUUGGCAGACGUGGGGUCUUUGAUGGGGUGAUAGAAGGCCUGCAUCAGCACUGGAAGCACAAAGAAGUUGUGAAGGUGGUUACCUUGCAGAGAUUUUUUGGUCAAGUUAUUUAUACUGCAAAAUCAUUGGUUGCAGAAAGUGGUGGAAUUCUUGUUUCAGUGGACAAGAUAAAAGAAGGCCAUGCCAUCAUUAUCUACCGAGGGAAGAACUAUAGACGUCCUUCAAAGUUAAGGACUGAGAAUCUUUUAACUAAACGAAAAGCGUUAAUGAGAUCUCUUGAAAUGCAGAGACUUGGAUCAUUGAAGUUUUUUGCAUAUCAGAGACUGCGGGUAAUCACAGAUUUGAAAGUGAAACUGGCAGAGCUGCAAGAAAACAGACAAAAAGAAUCUGAAAUUCAUUUAGCUAAUGGAUGUACUAUGUGCUAGAACCUCUUAAAUUGUGAACUCAUUGGAGAAAUGAUGUCGAUGUGCCAUGGAAUGAAAAUUUCGUGGCUGUCCGUUACCUUGGUGUUUUACUAACUGACAUGGAUGGAAUAAAUGUGUCUGAGAUGUUGGGGCAUGCUUGAAAUAUAAACAAGCUUGCCUGUGCAUUAACUUUUGGACCUGAAUUUUGGUUUUAUCUCAAGAGACAAGAAUCAUCUCGGCUAACUACUGCUCAUUUUGUAACCAGUUGCCAGUUAUUCCCAGUCCCAGCUUUUCUUAUUUUCUUCUGGGUUGAGCGGGUGCAGGUGCCUUUGAAUUAACCAAGCUCUGAAACUAAUUCCCUUACAACAAAAGCAUUUAAUCUCCUGAGAUGUCAUAUUUGGAGCUGCAAGCAAGUACUUAAACUUAUCUUCAUUAUAUUGAACUUGAGGAUUGAAGCUUUUGUGCUCUCAAAAUUGAAUGGUCAUGUAAAAUUGUCAGCUAAAUGUUCAGUAUUCUCCUCCCUCUCUAUACCUACAUUCUCCAUGUAAAAAAAAAAGGUCCAAGGUUAUCAUACAUUUCACAUAUUAGUCAGAUCUUUGAACGGUUGUUCCACUGAUGCAAGACAGUGUUGAUGGAGAUGCCUGGGAAGAGUGUUUGGGGAUUUUGGUGGAGAAGACAGAUGAGGUUCUCUUGGGAUUGGCAAGUUUUCUUGCCAGCCAUCCAACAUAUCCAAAACUAUUGUCAUUGAUGGGGUAUGAGAUGGACUGGUUUGAACGCACCACAAACUCACGAAUGUCAUCUUCUUCCUCUGUUGUGAUAAUUCCUGGAAGAUUACAAUCAUUACUUGGUUCAAGAAGGUUAUAAAUCUAAUUAUGGGAAAUAUAUUUCA